AUGGCGGGCCCGCUGAGCGGCGGCGCGAGCCUGGAGGCCUUCUCCCAGGCCAUCGGCGCCAUCCAGGCGCUGCGCUCCAGCGUGAGCAGGGUGUUCGGCUGCCUGGAGGAUGGCGUGCGCAACAGGGAGCCGCUGGAGGGCCGGGAGAAGGCCUUCAUCGCGCGCUUCCAGGACAACCUGCGCUCGGUCAGCCGGGACCUCCACGAGCUGGACCGUCUGAGCAACCUGGUCGGCGAGCCGUCGGAGAGCCACCCGCUCCAUAACAGCGGCCUGCUGAGCCUGGACCCCGUGCGGGACAAAACCGCCCUCUACAGCCAGCGCCUCCAAGCCUACAAGUGGUCCAGCAGGCCCCUGGCAUCCGGCCUCCUGCACCAGCAGUCGCCGAGACGCUCUGCUAACCGGAGGGGAGUGUCUGCGAAACGCCGGCCCGAGGCGCAGCCCACCGCGCUCGUCCUGCCGCCUCGGUAUGUCGAUGACGUGAUCAGCCGCAUUGACAGGAUGUUUCCUGAAAUGUCCAUCCAGUUAUCCAGACCCAGUGGAACGUCAGCGAUGCUUCUGGUGACCUUGGGAAAGGUGCUCAAAGUGAUUGUCGUCAUGCGGAGCCUGUUCAUUGACCGAACGAUCGCGAAGGGCUACAACGAGAACGUCUACACGGAAGACGGCAAGCUGGAUAUAUGGUCCAAGUCCAACUACCACGUGUUCCAGAAGGUGACAGACCACGCCACCACUGCCCUGCUGCACUACCAGCUGCCCCAGAUGCCACAUGUCGUGGUCCGGUCCUUCGUGACCUGGCUGAGAAGCUACAUAAAGCUGUUCCAGGCGCCCUGCCAGCGCUGCGGGAAGAUCCUGCAGGACGGCCUGCCCCCCACCUGGAGGGACUUCCGCACCCUCGAAGCCUUCCACGACACCUGCCGGCAGUGACCGCCCCUUCCCCUCCCGCAGCGGGUCAGGGGUCAGGAGUCAGACCGCCCAUGCCCCCCCCUCCCCCCCCAGGACAGCCUGGCUCUGAGGCAGAGCCUCCAAAGGACAGACUCCAUCCCGGUGGACAGGACACCUUGCGGGCGGCACAGCAACCUUAGACCCGGGAUGAGGGUACCGGCGCGCUGGGUGGUCGCUCUGCCUCCCGGGGAAUCGCCCUGGGGUCACGUUCCCAGUGUUUCCACUGUGCUAGGGUGAGGGACUGAGGCAUAGAAGGGUUACAGAAUGUGCUAGGGGGAGGGACGGAAGCAUGGAAAGGUUACCUAUUGUAUUAGGGUCCGGGAUCCUGACAGAGAAAAACUGCUAGAUUGUCUCAGAAAACAAUGUAUUAUGAUUCAACCCAGCCAGGUGUGACUCCGUUUACCUCCCCAUUCAUACUUGUAAACUUUGUAUGAACCCUGCCAGUGCCAGGAAAUGCUUUGUAGUGUUACAGAUAAAAGGCUUUGCUGUACCCUCGGUCAGCAUUGCAGUAUGAGGUUCCCUAUAGGAGGGACGUACUGUAGUCAGCUGGCCAGCGUAAU